AUGAAGCCCGAGAAGAAAGAGAGAAGGGAGAAGUGUCGAGGGGCGGGCAAGAAGUGUGAAAUUUGCCAAGCGGCGCUAGUGGUUGCGCAGUGGCUGCUGCGGCCGUCACCAGAAGAGAUGAGCGGGCAGCGGCCCAGGCGGGCAGGGCCACGGCCGAUGGGGUUGAUCCAUGAUGACACACCCUGGAUCCCGCACCCUCCUAUUCCGUUUCGGGGGGCCAGUCAGCUCGGAACAAGACAGAGGAGAGGGUCAGUGCUGGAAUUGGGACCGCGAGAGGAGAUCGUCGGUGGACUCAGAUCCUGA